UCCAUGCAAACUUGGGUGUCUCUUAUCAGCAAUUGUUUUUUUCACGCUUUGUUUUCUUCCCGAUGGAAAAUUUCAUGAGUUUUUACUUUUUCAUUUGGUAAUUGAUCAACUUCAAAUAACGUUUGGAAAAAAAAUUAUUGGCGAAGUUCGAAUGGAAGUUCAACAACACAAAGAACUAGAAAUGACCGAAGUCACGUCAAAAGUGUACGAUAUUAUCCAUCCGUCUCCAGUAUCGCUGAAGCAACUAUCAGCUAUCAACAUUAGUCUAGAAAUAUGGCGACGUAAAGUGAAUGAAUAUCGCACAGAUGGAAAAUUAAAAGAAUUUGACCCAUGCAGCCUGCGAAAAGAAACUACCUGGAUGAAAACUAUGCUUCCUGAUUUACCGUCCACGAUUUACAAGACGAUCGAACAAGUUGUCUCAAGAUUUGGGUAUUCGAUGGAAUGUUGGCGAUCUGAGCAUUUCAGAGCAGGAUUUUGUUUUCAGUACACAGAUGAGAACUCUGUUUUAGAAGACUUCGAUGAUUUUUCUAGCGAUUGCGACGGCUCUAUUGAUUACGCGAAGACAGCCGAACGUAUGAUGCGUUGUGAACAAUUCAAUUCGGAAAUGAAGUUUAUAAUCGCUUGUUUGUAUUGCUUUGAAGACGAUAUCAGACGAAUUUGGCCAUCUGUAUGGUUAAACAUAAAGGAAUAUUUUACUGAUUUUCACAAAUGGCCGCAGUUGUAUUACUGGAUUUGCCGUCUCUCGAAAACCCUAGACAAAAUACAAACUUUUAGAAAUCUUGACGUCCAAAUGUUAAUGUCAUAUAUGUCUAAUAAUAGAUCUUGGGUGGAGUAUUUUUGGAAUCGUAUACCUCUCGAAAAUCGAAUUUACAGUACUGUUACCUACCUAAAUAGUAAUCAUUUUGUUAGAUUCAUUUUACCAAAACUGGAUGAUGAGCAGCUUGAUAAAUACGUCAAUGAUGGGUAUGGUCGUGGUAAUGGUUAUGCGUUGUAUAUGAUGUUUCUCGAUCUUAAUUGCGAUGAAUGGGUCGUCCUGAGAACCUGGCACCAUAUUAGAAACAUUAUAAAGGAAAGUAAUUUUACAAAAUUGAUCGUUCAUAUGUUUCAAAUUGAGGAUCUUGAUGGACAGGAGUACCAUGAUCAGGAAAAGUGGGAGUAUUUGUGUUGUCAGAUAUGGAACCAUUCGCCUCCUGCUUUGAAAUCAUCGGUGAUUAGAGUAAUCUCUUCCAACAAUAGCUGGUUGGAAGAUUUUGAUCAGAUAAACGACGAGUUGCUAUUGACUAUUCUGCAAGAUGCAUCUUUGGAAGAAAAAAACUUAUUCUUGCGUAAUUGCUGGAGUGAGUUAUUUAUACAAGUUCGAAGAAAAAAUGUGCAAAGACUGAUCGAAUUAUGCUUCGAGGAUCAAGAUGAGAUUAAUCAGUUCAAGCAAGACGUCAUGAUUAACAGCAGAGAUGUCCUUCAAUACUGUGUGGAAUUAUUGGAAGAGUCGUGUUUCGAAGAAUUGAACGCCUUUGUGAGGUUCUGUUGUACCGAAUUGCAAGCAGCGAGAAAUCUUAAACAACGAAUACUGCGGUCGGCUUUUCUCGAUGGUGAUUGCAAACUUAGUCCUGACCAUAUCCGUAGAAUCGAAGACCUCAAAAAAUUUGGUAAUGAUGCUUUCGACAACGUUGAUGAGUUUAAAAAUCUGCUGGUGUUUUCCUCUUCAUUUAUGUGGCGUUUAUGGUACCUGAUUUUCUACGAACGUGUUUCUUCGGAAACGAUCGUCAACUUUAUUACUACCCUGUUUUCAACGGAAGGAACAGUAAUGCAAGUCAAAAAUAGUUUGAUUGAUUCGUUUAAAGAACGUUUGGCGAAUAACGUCUAUCUACUUAGUGACUCUGAGUUGAACCCGAUUUUACUAUGGUGUUUGGGAAGUGACGAAGCAGUUGAAGAAUUCAAACUGAACUGCUCUUCGCUGUAGAGCCAGAUGGCCGUGGAAAUCUAGCCAGUGUGUUUGUGAUUUUUUAUUCUAAAUCAAUGUUAUGUUAUGUUAUUAUGUUUUCUACGUAUUUCUAAUUCUUUUAAUUUGAUUUACUUACUUGAAAAUUUCAUGAGACCUCUUACGUCUUCUAUCUGCGAGUUUCAGCUAGUUAAUGAUUUUUGUGAGGAAUUCAAGAAUGCUGAGCGAUUGAUUCGAGCUCUUUUAAUCGUAUUCAGGCAGUUUUGCAUAGUUUAAAAUUUUUCUCUCAUUUUUGUUUUUGAAAUGAACUGUUAAUUUAAUGAAGGUUUGAAUCCUGUUACUGCAGUUCAAUUUCAAACGAAUCUUCGAAUUUUUUGUUGCUAUUUUUACGAUCCGUUUCACAAUAAGUAUGUAGUACUUCUACUUAUGUUUCAUUUAUUUAUAUAAAUAGUUUUUUUUUCAUUA